AUGGAUACAUGCGGAGAUCAUCAUACUGCUGGUCCGGAUCAGACAUCAGCAGAAAAAGACGUGUUCAAUACCAAUCAUCCACCAGCAAUUGGACAUAGCCUUAUCACCGAGCUACAGCAACGACUGGCCAAAAUCGAAGAAUCCCUCGGCCUCACGAAAUCAGGAAGCAAAGAUGAAACCCUCGUGAGCGACUCGGCUGGAAAAGCCGACCCUACUACGGCUGCUGCUACGGCCGAGCCAAACGAUACCGAGCGUGGCGAGCUUGAAGAGCUGUGCGAGGGUGUCAAGGUGAAGUACACCAUCAACAGACAGAACGAGUCAGGCAACUAUGUCGCCGAAGAAGGAAAGGCUCCAACCAGCUCUGGCCAAACGGAGAAGCUAUUACCGGAGAAAGGGACUGCCAUGGAGUUCAUACCGCAUAUUUCCAAGGAAGGUCUUCAAAAAAAGACCGUCAUCAAGGUUUUUUCAACCAGGUUGCGAAAUAUCAUCCGCAAAACAAUCAAACCCUUGCUGGAGCACGAGAAUUGCGAGAAGAUAUGGACUACCACGCCUGCCGUCACUUCGACGAUGGACGUCCUGAUUUUGCACGAAUGGGACAAGUUAUCGGAUGUCGCUCACUCAGAGGAUGAUAAAUCCUCAAGGCCUGCCGAUGAGCAUCGGCAGGCUAAAGCCGAGCUGCGGUGCUUCCUAAGGCAUAUACAACGCUACGAGAGUGAGCUCUUUCAAACACGAGAGGACAUUCGCAAGGAACAAUCUGUCCAGUCUGAUACCAUGUGGCUACUCUUCCCUCCCGGCUCAGAGGUUGUGUCUUUCCCGUUCAACGGCCUCCCCCAGAUCUUCACAGUUCGAUCACAUAGGCCAUCGGGUGAUCAUUCACGUUUUGUGGUGUCUUGCUGGGGAUAUGACUGGGAUGGUGAAGACCUGGUCCGCUAUUGCCACGACUUCCCCAUUCAAGGGUUCUCAGGGAAGAAGAAGGUCCAAGAACUCCCCUGCUACCCUGUCUCUUUCUACAACGCCAAUGGAGAAGACGAGAACGCCCUCAGGCACAAGUUGGCGGAGCGAGGACGAAAGUUUAGGGAGUUUUGCGUUGGAUCUAUGGCGAAAUCACGCCAGUUCCGCUGCAGCAGCUUUACCGAGUACGAUUCUUCAGCUACGAAACGGCACUCCUCUUCGGGCGCUGAUGCCAACAAUGUCAAGCUGGAGCCCGACUCUGAAGCCCAGUCUUCCUCCACCACCCGGCUUUCAAACGAGAUAGAGAAGGUCAACAUCAUAGUGGACCCGUUGCUCUACAAAAAGUACGCUGGAGGGUGCUGCCUUCACUUGGGCAACAUGGUUCCAGACACAUUCAAGUUGUGCGUGUGUGUUCUCUGUGAGCUGAAUGGCCUUCGAGCGAAAUGGCGGCAGCAAUUCACAGCCAGUGAUCAGGUUGACAGCACCAAACCCAAAACUUCCACGGAGAAGGAUCAAGACACAGAUACGAUCGAUAGUUUCUAUGCUCAACUCCCUCCACGCGUUCUGGGAUUUAUUGUCAGCCACAAAAUCUGGGCCCAGAUAGACGUUGACUCGAUCGAGGAAGAGGAUCGAGACUCCAGGGACAAGGCGAGAAUUCGAGAUCUCAUCCCGAAUAAGGGAGAGGGUCUCGUCAUAUUGUUGCAUGUCCUCUUGAGACAGCUGGAAUAUUUCAGAGGGAUCCUUAUCAUGACAACCAACCGUAUCCUCACCAUCGACAUUGCAGUGCAGUCGCGAGUGCACUACUCAGUUCGAUUUCGGGAACCGGACGAAACUACACUGGACAACAUCUGGGAAACAUUCACAAAGCAGCUGAGCGAGGAGAACUGCCAGCCGGGCGAGAAAGAGAGAAUUGCGAGACACUUCAAAGAGUUUUGGCGGGAUGACAUGGUGAAAGAUAAGGUCACUGGACGAGACAUCAGGAACAUGUUCAUGACAGCCCAGCUGUUGUCAUAUCCAUGGCUAACAUUAGAAAGCCUCAAGAUCGUAGUCAGAUCGGUCAAGGACUUCCGGGGCCAGUUGCAGGACCUGUCACGGAAGCUGGAAAUACAACAGAGCAUUACGGAUGCGGAACGGCACGGUGGAUACUACGAUAAUUAA